UUCCACUCUCCGAUCUCCUUUUCUCUCCCUCUUUUUCUUCUCUUCUACUUUUUUUGCCGUUAGAACUCGAGAGCGAAACGCCUGGACGGACCCUUUUUCCGAACACCGCGUUCUCGCGAUCAUCUCAAAACGACGUCUUCAACGCUAGAACCUGCACGUUAGACGUCAACGCCGUCUUCGACGACUCGAUGCGGUCGACAGGUCGCCCCCUCCCUGGCGGUCUUCCCGGCGCCAUGGAUACGCCGUGAGGACGUUGGAAGCACCCUCCAUCACCACCAUGGACCGGAGGAUGCUGGAUGUGAUCCUCUGGACUGUGGGGUUGUUGGCGUCGUCGUCGUCGACGUCUGACGUUGGUGAUGGUGUUAACGUGUCGUCGCUGGUGCCGGGGUUUCAGUGUGACUUCGACGCUGCGUGUGCGUGGACCUGGGAUGGUGCAUUUAGGCUGAGCAAUUCAUCGAGUGCCGGUGAGGCGACGUCGGGGGACGGGAAACACAACGUGACAGGACAAUUCCUCCAGUACGAAGAUGCGGGGAGUUUACCUGGCCCUCUACCGGGUAACCUUUCGUCCCCGUGGCUGAAGGCGCCGACGGAACGGACGUGCAACCUUCAAUUCUGGUACCGCACAUCGGGCAUAGAAGACGGUGCCAUACUCAUAUUUCUAGCCAAUGCCAAUCAUACCAAAGAAGUGGGGAAAGUGUUCGAUAUGAAAGCUAACAGGUGGAAAUUACACAGGACGCAACUUGGCCGACUAACCACUCCCUUUCGGGUCAGCCUGGAAGUAAUAGGUGCAAGGUCUACCACUCGCCCGCUGGCUCCUAGCCUAGUCGGUAUCGACGACAUCCAACUCGUGGACUGCACCAAAUCAACUACCAAAGACGGCACGUGUUCCGAGACGGAAUUCCGCUGUCCAUCGUCCGAUGCAUGCAUUGAGAAGGACCGAGUGUGUGAUUUCAGCGUCGACUGCCAGGAUGGUGAAGAUGAGAAUCAAGAUUGCGACAAGAUCCCGAGCACAUCUCGGUGCACGUUCGAGAACACCACUGACGGAGGCGGGAUGUGCAGCUGGAGGAACCUAGCGAGGGGCACCGCUGAAUGGACGAUCCGCACGGGCGAAGACACCGACCCGAGAUUUGGGAUCAGGACUGACCACACUACCGGAACUCCAAAAGGCCACUUCGCGUGCGCAAGCGGAAGGUCCUUCGGACACGAAGCCACCUUGGAAAGCAUCCAGUUCGAUCGACUCCCGUACUAUCAUCUGAACAAGGAGUCUGCCUACUACAACUCUUGUCACGUGAACUUCUUCUAUCAAAUGGACAGACGUCAGGCAGCUUACGGCUUCACAUUGUACGCGCUCGAGUUUGAUCCCCGCCACGCCGUCGGUCUGAAGCACGAGAUCUGGUCUGCAGCGCCUGGGGAUCGUUCAGGGUGGAGACGUGUGUCCAGGCCCUUGCCGCACAUGCGCCAAAAAUAUCGCCUGCAUUUCGUGGUGCAGACCAACUUCCGGCGGAAAGGAUGCACCUCCAUCGACGACAUUUCGAUGACACCUGAAUGCUUCGGAAUCGGUGUUCCAGAGAACGAAACCAGAGAAUUUCCGCCUGAAAGCCCAGGUUGGUCUGAUGACGUUCCAUCUAUAGUGGAGCUGCCGGUUAGAACUUACCCUGGAAAUAUAAGCAGAAGUUACAACCUGACGACGUGCGGUGUGUCGGGACGUUUCGGCCCCUCGCCCAAGGACUGCAGCGAGAACUACACGAACGUCACGCGGGUGCAAGUUCUUACGAAAAGCACCUACGCAGGAGUUCAAGUAUGGAAAGUCCCGGAGUCUGGCCUAUAUACGGUAUUUGCUCAAGGAGCCCGCGGAGGCUUGUCCGUGGGUAUGUCCUGCAACACGUCGGGCACGCUCGUCCGGGCCACUUUUCACUGGGAAGCCGGAGAACGCAUCCACGCUGUCGUUGGUCAAAGAGGUGCAGACGCCUGUGAGAGCACGGAGCGAAAAAUCCGCCUCUACUGUCAAGACGCAACGAAACUGUCGGCGCUAUCCAACAUCCACAUGCUUUCCCGCGGAGGGGGAGGAGGAGGAGGCGGAGCAACGGCACUCUACAAGGUGGACGUGAAAACAGGCGAGCUCAUUCCCCUGGUGGUAGCAGCUGGCGGGGGAGGAGCAGCCGGUGCUAACGGUGCACCCCCUACAAACGCUAAAGGGCGAGGGUUUCAGGAAGCGCAGUCGCCUGGUAACGGUCUGUCCGCACCAGAAAGGAGGGGAGCAGGUGGAGGCGGCGGUUGGAACGACAGUGCCGCCCCCGAACCGCCGCCGGAAACCAGUGUCGGCCGAUCCCUCGUCGAAGGCGGCAUCGGAGGGCUGGUGUGCCUCGCAGCCGAUCUGUGGAACACGAACGGCGGAUUCGGAGGUGGUGGCGGUGGCUGCGCCGCGGGAGGAGGAGGUGGAGGAUGGAAAGGGGGAGACGCAAGCCUAGUGGACAGCGCACACUCCAACGGACAAGGAGGAACGUCCUAUGUCCAUCCUGAGAGCAUAGAUGGUGCCCUGCUGCCGUCCACCUGCGUCCAUCAGGAUGGCAUGCCUACUGAACAACAGGGACUACCAUCAGCGAACGGUGCCAUAGUCAUAGUGCCGGCGACGGGAGCAGACUGUCCUUGCAAGGAUCUCUGCAUGGUAGUUCACCUAUGGCCGCCGACUUUCCGCUGCGCGUGCGCAAGAGGGUUACAGCUGGCGAGAGAUGGGCUCACCUGUCAAGGAAUACCGCGAAUUCAAUUCAACGGAGGCUAUCGUCUUCCCACUCACCAUCUGGUGGUCAUCAUCCUCUGCAUCGUGGUCACCGUGGCCGUCAUCAUCUUCUUCGUCGUUGGACUUCCCCGCUGCCCGGGCUCCCGCAAGAAGUCGCCCUCGUCUCUCAGCCCGGAACCCCUGGGGAUCAACCCCGAGGUGCAACUGAGUCGCCUCCGUCAGGCAACGGGGAUGGUGACGGAGUACAACCCAAACUACGAGUUCGGAGGAUCCACCUGCACACUGCAGGACCUGAACGACAUCCCGAGGGAGAACCUGACCCUCGUCAAGGCUCUGGGACAGGGGGCGUUCGGAGAGGUCUACCAAGGCUUUCUGGGAGGGACAAGUCCAGAAGCGCUGGAGCUUCCCGUCGCGGUUAAGACGCUUCCUGAACUGUCUUCUCCGGAAGCGGAGAAAGACUUCGUCACGGAAGCCUGCAUUAUGAGCAAAUUCAACCAUCCGAACAUUGUUCGGUUCAUCGGCGUCUGCUUCGAAAAGAUGCCCCGCUUCAUUGUCUUGGAACUCCUCCCGGGUGGAGACCUCAAGUCUUUCCUCAGGGAGUCCAGGCCUAAGCCCAACACACCGUCUCAACUGACCAUGACAGACCUGCUGAAGCUGGCUAUUGACGUGGCAAAAGGGUGUCAGUAUUUGGAAGACAAGCACUUCAUACACAGGGACAUUGCAGCCAGAAACUGUCUGUUGACAACAAAAGGUCCUGAAAGAGUGGUGAAGAUUGCGGAUUUCGGAAUGGCCAGAGACAUAUACAGGGCGGACUACUACCGCAAAGGAGGCAAAGCGAUGCUGCCGGUUAAGUGGAUGCCACCAGAAGCAUUCCUGGACGGCAUGUUCACGAGCAAAACGGACGUCUGGUCCUUCGGCGUCCUGCUCUGGGAGGUCAUGUCCAUGGGCUACAUGCCCUACCCUGGUCGAGGCAAUCAGGAGGUCAUGCAGCUGGUGACGUCUGGGGGCAGGUUAGAGCCGCCGGCUAACUGUCCUGGUCCCGUGUACCAUGUGAUGACUCAGUGCUGGCACCCGACGCCCGAUGAGCGUCCUACCUUUUCUACCAUCCUCGAACGGCUGGGCUACUGUAUCCAGGACCCAGACGUGACUGCAGCACCACUCCCAGUCUUCCACCGACCACCGUCCAUGGAGCGGGACGCCACAGUCAUGCGGCCGCCAAAUGCUGACAAUGUCUGCUUGCAGGUCUACCGUUCGGAAAGAUCCGAAGUCCAGUCUCCCGGAUCUGAGGACUACCUCAUCCCAAUGCCGUCGUCAAACUACUCGCUCAGCACGGAGCGAACCGAACUCCAGUCUGCGUCGUCCUCGCUCGACUCCAUGGACAAGCUUCUCGGGGACAAGCCACCGCCGUCUUGGGAGACCAGCUUCACCACGACGUCGCCGGACGAGCUCCCCAUCCGUACCCCGUUGCAGCAGCCGUACUCAAACAUUGCGCUUCACUGCUAAGCCUAACACACACAUAUACGCACACACACACUAAACUGAUGAUAGGCCUAACCCAAGAAAACAGUCCACGGCUAAGCCUAAUUCACCAGGGCGUCCUAUACUUGUGGGUAAGCCAAAUUGGACGUGGACGGUCCACUGUUAAGCCUAACUUUCGUGAUAACGGUCCACUCCCGAGCCCGUCUAGCAAGAACGCUCAACGCCUGCAGAUGAACUUUCGUAACAGGCCAUUCUUUUUUACGGGCCAGUUAUUUUGCGAGAAGGUAUUUUCGAGAAGAAAACACAAAUGAAGGUGCUUUAGUGCAAGGGCAGCGGAUACCGAGUUUUAGCGGAGGCGGCCUCUAGCGGUGAUCACUAGAAAAAGAGCUCCUCCGUAUACACAGGGGUGGAGAUUUUUUUUAGAGAAAUUAUUAGUUUUUUGUUGUACCACAUUCCACGCCAUCCUGAAAGUAGCUUAAUAAUGGGUGUUUCGUAUUUUCAAAUAUGUUUUUAAUUCUACGAUAGAAAAAAAGCUAUUUUCGUCAGAUAACGCUUUAUCGCAUUGAGCUUUGCCCACGGUCGUAGACAAGGAGUGAGGGAGUGUCCCGGAUGAUGUCGUACUGGUCUGAGUAUAUCUCAGCCAUUUACAUGCGCUUUUCGUGGAUCUCGUGGCUCACGAUGAAACAUUCCAAUCCAAUGUUUUGAUAAGAAGGCCGAUAAGGCGUGGCCCCUUUUGCAGACGGUACUUUAGCGCCCACUGAUAAGAUGGGUGACCGAUAAGCGAACAACCUAUUACGUCUGAACUAUCCGCGCAAGAAACCAACAGAGAACAUGCACUCUUGCAACUCAUAUCCCGUACCUGAGCAUAUAAUGAAGUCGGUGUAUUAUAUAGUUGCUUUAUAAUCGAGCAGGAUGAUGAAGAACGCUCGGAGCGAUAUAUAAAGAGAGUGUGGACAAGAGGUGGAACCGAGAAAGGAGCCAUUUAGUGGUCAAUCGUCACGAAUGACGUCGUACGUUUGCUGGUGGGAGUACACGGUCGACGUGGUCUCCCAGCUCACAUUUUUUUUACUCGUGCUAAUGCGUUCGUCGGUACGGAAAUUCCGAUUGGAUUGUUAAAGCGAGGCUCUUGACGCAUAAAAGUAUGUUAAAUGAGAGCUGGCCUUUCUGUCCAUUUUCCUUGAACGUUCAAGGAUUCAGUGUUUGUAUGCGCCGCGAGGUGGCGAACUCUUCCCACGUUAGCCGUUGCCAUUUGAUUGGUUAGUCUAGUCAUUAAAUGGAAUGUGUACAUACAGUAUAUUCAGUCGCCGUAUAUAUCGCUCUGAGAAGAGAGGUGAUUUUUUUGUUUUUGUUUUCUCUCAGGCGUGUAUAGAUGAAACGAUGCGCUUUCGGUAGAUGCGCUUCGAAGUUAGGCCUAACGCCAAAUCGAAACCGAAAGUUCUGCGUGCGGAAACUUUAUUGUGCGUGAGCACGCCUGAACGUUCCUCGUAGCAAAGUAUGACAUACACAGCAGGCGCCAACACUUUGACGUCAUUUCCGUACUUAUCCGUGAUGAUGACGUAGAGACGGUUCGGUUUCUAUAGCUGUCGUUUGGUUGGAUAGACUACAAUUGCUCAAUAUUUUACUUUUUCUGUCCUCUAGUAUCGCAAUGCUUAUAAUCGGCGUAGAUUUUUCUUCUUUUUUUUUUCUUUAUGCAUGCACCACCACCCCAACGGAUCUUCAUUUUGAUGACGCCGUCUUAUAGAAAUUUUGUUCACUUAAAGUGACGGUCGCGUCCGUUCCAGUCCAUCUCGAAACUAUAGUGUCACUUAAUUCCUCGCGGACCACUCACCGCGGUAUCGAAAAUCCCACGCGAAAUACUGGCGUAGUUUCACUGUUACUAGACGGAAUACAUGGCAAGAGCAGACGACGGCUGUUGAGAGUAUGCCGGAAUUCCCUCUCCGUAAACACGAGAAAACGUCAUUCUGUAACCGGCCAAUGAUGGCACGCCUUUGAGAAAAGGAAUUGCCGCGGGCGUCUCAUAGGGUUACGGGGCGUCUGGACAACAACACCUAUAGAUAGAGAAAGACUGCUUACUCGUCGACGUGACGUAACAAGUAAGAGUCAGCCAGUCAGAAGCGUGUUUUGAACGGCCAUGGCCAAUCACGAACGGGCUUUCAGCGGUCGUAGCCAUCGUGGAGACGAGCCACCGUCAGCCGGAUGGGCGGCCAGCACUGUCGUCUGCGAGUAGCGAACGCACCCCGCGUACUAAAUGGGAAAAACAAAAUAAUGCGCAAAAUGGUCCCAUGUUUUUCUCAGGACUGAUUUUCUGGUAAUGUGUUGCCCUUUUAGUCUACGGGUUCAAAUUUGCGAAGUUAGUUGCAAUCAUUUGCAAGUUCUUCAAUUCGCAGAACGGCGAAUCGCGGUAGCAGACGAAUUCUGACUAUAUGUGUCCACGUAACGAAGGAGGGAGAGAGAGGAGGCAUUAAGCAGGCCUUCUGUAUCUAAGUGGCGUUGGUCUGGACGGCGCCAGAGCCGUUUAUAGGGAGAGUUUGGCCAUUCUGUGAUCUUUUGCUGCCCGGAGAUAGGGGAGCCGCCGUGACGUCACAGACGUCAUCGCUCCGCCCACUUGACCGGCUGUACCGACUUCAAGGCUGUGCCUCUGCUCCAAAAUGGCGGAAUGGGAGAUUUCAAGGCGGUAGCCGUGAUCCAAAAUGGUGCCACUGGUCUUGGCGCCGCCCAUCGUGUGACGUCAAACGGCGCGCUUUGGGAUAGGCUCCUCCCAAUGGCGAAACUCUCCUAAUAAACGGCUCUGGACGGCGCGCCUUUCCUCCUCUGCGCGCCACCCUCUCUCACUCCUUACGCUUACGGAGUGACCUCACACGUAGACUGUUGGCCGAACACAGUGGUUUCGAUUUCAGUGGUGGGUUCCCGGAUGCGACCGUCCCUUUAAAUAGUGAGUGUCAUUCAAAGCGAUUACCCGUGCCGAAUAUUAUUUCUCGGUUUAUCUCACGGCUUCCACGCUAUUCGUUUCACGGCGGAGCAUUGUUUUACUAAGCGCCGCUCACGUUCAGUAUUAUAAUUACUCUUCAACAUUUUUAUUAAUAGCUUACAAUCUUAUUUCGCCAAUUUCAACACUUUAUAAAUAGAUGAUGACGAUGAAACAAUAGCAUUUCGUACACUGAAGACAGCUCGCGAGCUUUAAGCGUCUGUGAAACACGCAAAGUACACGUUAAAUCACCACAUAAUGUGUGUAUACAACUGCUGUACCUUGUUCUUAUUAAUGUCACUACUCAACAUAUUGUGUAUAUUCGUAUAAUGUGAACAAACUGUAGAACUGUCAUAUAAUGUUUUCAUGCAGCUAAUAGAACAUCGCAGUCCGUCAUAUGUAUACACAUAAAAAAAAAAGUGAGAGAGAGAAACGUGUGUUCUCGGUUCUUUGUAACCGCGCCGUGCCAAUGUUUUAAACCGCACACACGUAUUAUUAUAUUAGCGAAAUGUGUAUUACGUGGAUAUCUUAUACACGAAGUGUCGUGCUCGUGUGCUUGUCGUUGUCCAUGAUGAGAGCCGUGUUUGCCAUUAAUACUGAAAAAAAAAAGUGCUUAGAUAUACUGAUGCUUGUAAAUACGUACAUUUCAAGAAAAGCCACGACAUUAUUGUCUUUACUUAAUUUAGAGUGACACGUUUUUUGCUUGAUGUGUAAAGAGCAUGUGGUGCUCAAUCGACGAACCGGUAAGGUACCGGCUCGAUCGGUUCAAAUCACUGUUGUUAUUAUGACUCAUGUAGUACAUAAGAUGUACGGACUAGUGUACCGGCAGUACACUGUCUUGACUGAAGGAAGUCGUUGAAGUGAAACACUUUUAUUUGCUGCCUAUGGGCGCAGUGAUGCGCCAUUUGAUGCACGAUUUCCGGUUUAAAUGCGGGGAAGUUUCUAAUGCAAUUAAUAUACCCUCGUUAUUUAAAAAAAAAAAACGAUUUUCAAAGACAUAUCGAAACAAAAUCUACAGAGAUAGAACAUGGAUGUAUGGGGGUUCGUUAAGUUCACAUAAUUAAUGCUAUAACGCACUACAAAUCUCCGAAUGAAAUUAAUAAAUCGUGCAUCUUAAGUGGUGAGACGUGACCUGUGACCACGAACGCUUGCGCGUCUCCAACAUAUACGUGUGUGCGGAUCCCGCGACGAGGUAUAGUAGGAUUGCAUUGAGGUGAGGACAACAAAACGCACAGGCGAUAUUUUUGUAAGCAUAAUCAUACAGUUUGCUUGUUCGAUGAGAACCCUCGAGUGCUGAUAUCAGCGUACUCCUUUUUUCUUCUUCUUAUUCUUCUUGAGAGCGUAAAUUUGUUCACCCGACCAGUCUGGCAGUAUUUUGUACAAACCUUGGAUAUUAUUACGUGCGACGUCUAAGUUUGUGGCAAUUAUUCUGCGCAGUUUCAACCGACGUUCCUCGGAGAACAAAAAAAGUCAUUGCGUUCCUCCCCGUAAAGAACAAGAGGAACUGUGUCUUCUGGUGUAAAAAAAGAAAGAAAAAAAAGACAUCAGUAUUACGUGACACAAUACGUCGAGCCUUGCAAUUUUUUUGUUAUAUUUCGUUACACAUUUGCUGAAUGUUUCAACGUAAAUAAUGCGCUCUCCGUUUAACGCAAGUUUCCAGCGCGUUAUUUUUUACCAGAAGCAGACCGAUUUCCGACUGGUCCAUGUCUCGCAUACAGCUCGGCCUUGCAGUCCACAGGGAUGCCCUAUACCACAUAUCGGUAACGCCCCCUACAGGGAUUUUUGGUGCCAAUAAAUUGAAUUGAAAUUGAAUUGAAUUGAAUCGGUCUGUAGACGAGAGUGUGCCAGACGAACGCCAACCAGUGUGCCGCAUUCUGGACAGGAACAUCCACGGUCACGUGACCGUAAAAAUGGCCGCGCCCACACUCUUAAAACAGGUCCCAAGCAGCCCAACAUCUCGGGCCAAUAUUGGGCCAUAUCGUUCUCUCACCUGAUUGGUUGAAAACGGGGAGGCGUACGCCUCUUUGCGACACACACGCAGUAUAAUGUCAAUUGUUACAGAAAGGCGUACGCCCAGCGUUUUCCCAAAAAACGAGUGUGGUAGCGGUAUCACCCUGUACAAUGGUUCGCCUUCAGCGUGCUACGUGGUGAAGUUCUUAUUAUUUUAUACUACCCUUAGAAGUCGGCCCAGGACGCACAUUCUCCCAAGGCGUCAGUGGUGACGUUGCCCACCUCUGUGAGGCCGACAAACGGCCUCACAAUAAUAGUUAGUUUCGUCCGCUCAUAAUUAUAAUAAUAGUUUUACACAUAUUAUACACAAGUAAUUAGUUUUAUCCAAUAUUUCGCGGUAAAACGCGUAGAUCUGCAAAUGCUGAUCACACCCUAAGAUGUGAUAACGACACCUGCACUACAAGACUCACUCAGACAGUGCGAUGCAGUCAUACUCCGGAGGAAUACGUAUAAUUUACGUUAGCAAAAUACGUUCGUGUAUCGGUUUUAUUGUGGUGGGAAUAUGUCGACGAACCCUUUAUACAGAAAUAAGGAAAAUAAUACGACUUCAAAAUGGCGCGUGUAUACACGAGGACAAGAUGACGCCUUUGCCAGCACAAGCGAUCGCUUGGAAGGUAGUUGCAAAAAUAGCCGUUGUAGGGCAUCCUUGUGGCGCAACCCGAUCAGCGACGACAUGUCGAACGAUGUGGAUAGCGCUCAGGCGCUGAAGACAUAAUGAAAAAUGAAUGGGUAGCCUCGCGUUUUAUGUACCGUUGAAAGACACUGUCAGUAGUAGUUGGUUGUUCCAAGUAAAACCUUUGUUCUUUGUGCCGCAUACGGCAAAGAGGUGGUCCGCUGUAAAUGAUGAUCUUGUACAUAGCCUCACAAGUGCUGGUUGUCUAUCUUGAAGAGAGAGAAAAAAAAUGCAAAUAGAAAGAGCUGUUCCUUGUUUAACUGA